GGAGGAAAUUCAUGCAAACCUAUCGCCUUCCACUUUAUUUGCUAAUCCCAAAUAUUUGAUCAACAAACGGGACUGCACCCUUUUUUUAUGGGAGCGAGUUUGGUGCGUUGUUACAUGACGUCAUCGAUCAUUCAGCGCAAGGAUUGUAUUCAACAGAAUGAGAUGCUGAUUACGCUGUAUAGCCUAGUCAAUAAUAGUAGAAUAAAUGUAUGGACGUUGGCUAUAGCUGAAUGGUAGGCUAUCAACACAGCAAGGUAGAAACUCAUACAGUUUUAGUCCAUGGGUCAACACCAUUGGUCCAGACCUACCUGGUGAAUGGAGUUGAAGUUGUCCUGCAAAGCCAUGACAUAACACGUAACCUACGUUACAGAUAACCUGACAAAAUGGAGAGGGGAAAUUACGGUGGCUACUCCCGGGAGUAUUUUGACCGCUUUAUUGAAAGCCAAGACUCGUCUGUUGUGAACAAGUUCCAGCAAAAGUACUGGAAAACCAAACAGAAGAUCAUCAAGGUCACGGGAAAGAAAGAGGACGAACAUGUCGUGGCAUCAGACGCAGACCUGGAUGGCAAACUGGAGGUGUUUCACUCUGUCCAGAGAACGUGCAUGGAGCUAUUGAAGGUGAUCGAGCAGUACCAGAGAAGAAUCUGCUUUCUAUCCCAGGAGGAGAAUGAGUUGGGGCGGUUCCUGCGCUCACAGGGCUCCCAGGACCGGACCAGGGCUGGAAAGAUCAUGCAGGCUACCGGGAAGGCUCUCUGCUUCUCCUCCCAGCAGAGGCUGUCUCUGCGUAGUCCUUUGUCUCGCCUCUAUCAGGAGGUGGAGACUUUCCGAUACCGGGCCAUCUCUGACACCUGGCUGACGGUGAACCGCAUGGAACAGUCCAGGACGGAAUACCGUGGAGCACUGCUCUGGAUGAAGGAUGUAUCCCAGGAGCUCGAUCCAGACACACACAAACAGAUGGAGAAAUUCCGCAAGGUUCAAGUGCAGGUGCGAACCACUAAAACAAGCUUUGACAAACUGAAGAAUGAUGUCUGCCAGAAAGUCGAUUUAUUAGGAGCCAGCCGCUGCAAUCUGCUUUCUCAUGUUUUAACCACAUACCAGACCACCCUGUUGCACUUCUGGGAGAAGACGUCUCACACUAUGGCUGCCAUUCAUGAGAGCUUUAAGGGCUGCCAGCAAUAUGAGUUCUCUACAAUCAAGAGCCUCCAAGACCCCAUGGAUAAACUGUCAUCUCAGGGAUCGAAGAAAAAGAGGGAGAAGAAAGUCCAAACAAAGACUGAUCUUGAGGAGACUGCAGAUGGCCAACUUAUCUCAAUAGAUCCCAAUGAAGAGUCCAAUGAAGAAGCUCAAACCAAGACACCUUCUGGACAAUUCUUUGAAGAAAUCGACCUUAAUAGACAAAUGACAGGGCCUGAGGAUCUUCUCUCAGCCUUCUCUAGGCAAGAGCAGGAGGAGGGUGGAGAGAGGGACAGCUUGGCCUUGUUGAAUGAGAUUCUGGGCAGCACGUCUCUGGAUGAGGGCGAGUUCUCACAGGAGUGGCAGGAGGUGUUUGGUAAGGGGGACCAGGGGAGCGGAGCCACUAGUGGAGGGGGCCUAGUGGAACCCCAGCAGGAGGAAGACUCCUCCAUCUUCCUCCCAUCUCACCUCCUGGACCAGAACAGGAACAAUCUCCAAUCUUCGCUCUCAGAUUGGGCCACGAGCAUUCCACAGCCCAUCUCCCAGGCAACAGAGCAAUCAUCUGGAGCCAAUCAGAACCCCUCUAGGCCAACAGCAGCGAGAGAGACGCCAGAGACCGCCAAAGACCUUUCAGCCUGGUUUAACCUGUUCGCCGACUUGGACCCUCUGUCGAACCCAGACGCAGUAGGCAGGAGUGGUCAGGAGCAUGAGCUUCACAACGCAUAGACCUGCGACCUGAUUCACGUAUAGGGAUCCUAUGCUAUAAGUUAGCAUAAUGCACAACAAGGUUAUGGUUAUUUUGUUGUUAACAUCUGUUCUAGGGUCAUCUCUCUCAACCCGUCCUACUCCUUACCAUUGAGUUAAACAACAAAUUGACCCUGGACCAGCUGUUAAGGAUGCAUUUACUGUAUCAAUCAAUUGAGCUUGAAAUCAUGAAUUCCAAAAGAAAACAAUAGUUGUCUUUUUAUGUUUGACAUGAUUUAUCAAUGUUUAUACGUUAAGUUGUCAGAGGGUAGAUGCUUUCAACAACCAAAAUAUGUACGAAGGAUUCAAGAUUAGCUUUUUCAGAAUUAUUGCCUUGUCAUUCGGGUAUACCUGUAAGCCUUCUGGUGGUGACAAUGAGGCCUUUACACCCAUCUCAACAAUAGAAAAAUCAGUAUACAGUAUGAAAGGGUAACAUAAGUAUCCGUAUUAUCUGAUAGAUCAUACAUUUAUUGCAUGUUUUGUGUAUUCCUUAUUUAGUCGUGUGUGAUUGUACUCAACAUAUGUUACUGUUGACAAUAACAUAUCUAACAUUUGAUUUAUUUGAGAUGCCCUGGAAUAAAUUUAAGGCGCGUUAGAGCAGCGCACUAGACAGCCGACAAUGUACCGUUUUAAGACAUUUUCUCAGACGUUUGCGGAAAUCCUAUUCACGGUUACCACUGCACAUGUCGGCUCAAGCGUAAAUGACCUUAGUCUGUUCUAUAGCACGCCUCAGAUUGAAUCCCAGCCUAGGUGUACAUUUAUUAACUAGCUGCACCUUUUCAAGUACACAAUCUGUAUUAUAUUGCUUGGAGAGCAACCUGUGGAAGGGCGAGAAUACAUACAGUGGGGCAAAAAAGUAUUUAGUCAACCACCAAUUGUGCAAGUUCUCCAACUUAAAAAU